UUAACGGGAUGGAGGGGGAAGGUUCCUCGGAGAUGGAGUAUACAGAGAUCGAAGCCUCCGCCGAUUACUUCGACAGCUCCAUUCUCUUCAAUAUCAUCAACGAUGUCUCCGCCUUCGUCUUGUUCAUGCACCAACAACUCCCUUCAAUACUACAGGAUAUGAGCAUCGAAUUUGAUACUUUGCAUGAAGAAUACAAAGAGCUGGGAAGUGAACUGGCACAAAACGAACUAAAAGCAUCAUCACGAAGAAAGCAUACUGGGAGAAUGAGGGAGGUCAGACAGGGAAUUAAGAGAAUGGAGAAGUUAAUGAAUUCAGUCUCUGGUUUUCAAUCUGCUAUCAAAUUGUUGAUUACAGAGAUUCCUAAUAUCGAGGAAGUCUUGUUAAUUCUUGGAGCUACUCCACUACGACCUCAACAUGUCUAUCAGCUGUGCUUUUUACAAAGAAAAGCUGCGGUGGGAGGUGCCGAUGACUUCAUCAAACACAAAGCAGCAGAAGUUCUUUCAAGAAAGGCCAUUCGAACAUUAAUCUCUAAGGACGCUGGCUCUUCCUCGUAUCCAGGCCCUACUAAGUUGUUUCUAUUGGUGAAGGCCCCUGCUUCUUUCAAUCUGCCCUUGCACUUCAUUCCAAAACGUGACUUCCGAUACAGCAAAAAGAUAGUGCCUUUCAAACUACGAUUUAAGUGCAAAGGCCAAAUCCAGAAGAUGAAUGCUCCUGAUCGUGAGUCUCAAGUUGGAAACUGUGAUGACCUUACCAACUCUUCAGUCGAAGAUUCAAUCUGGUUUCAAUGUAGACAUGCAAUCAAGGGCCUAGCAUUCAACAGACCCGAUGAAGAUUGAAAAUGGCGAUUGCCAAAGAUACAAGUAAACACUAACCUGUACACUUUGCAUAUGAAUAACCUCUAAUUGUAGUUUGUAGACCAAAAAUCAUUGCUCCUUGAGAAUUUAGCUCUACUUAUGCAGGCAGUCUGGAAUAGGAUUUAGAUCCUUUUGGAAGGGGCGUAAAAUUCUCGGUUCGGUUUUUGAACAGGAAAAAAAAAAACGGAAUCGAUUUGGUUAAGCGGAUAUGAAAACUUUUAGCUAA